GUAGUAGUUUCUGACCUUUACCGCCAAAUGCCACUCGCACAUGAGUUUGUUGUUGUUUUUUACAGUCUAUGGUUUGUUGUUAUGUGUGGACUUUGACACUGGCUUCGCUUCAAUGUUAUGCAUGGCUGCUUACCAGAACUGUUAAGCAAUUGGCUACAAUUUAGCGUGCUUCUAAAUUUAGGGUUAGCUUAAAAAGUUGCAAAUCUGCGACAAUGUGAGACAAAGGUCUUUUGGCUAUAUUUCAAAAGUGAUUUAAUGUUUAGUUGAGGUUUACACUUCAAAGGUAUUUCCACGAACCACAUCUGUCAAAAUGGAUACCAGUCCGUUCAUUCUAGAUGGAGGUCUGGCAACAGAACUUGAAGCAAGUGGAUUUCAGUUACAGGGAGAUCCACUAUGGAGUGCAAGAAUUUUGCAUACAAACCCACAGGCCAUUAAGGACGUACAUUUCAGAUAUCUUCAAAGCGGUUCUGAUGUAAUAACAACUGCCACAUAUCAAGCCAGCAUUGAGGGAUUUGUGAAAUAUCUUGGUCUCCGGCCUGAGGAGGCUCAGCAGAUGAUAAUGUCAGGGGUUCAGCUGGCAAAAGAGACAGUCCGUGAGUUCAUGUCUCACUCACCCAUAUCAGAAGACCGGAGAGAGCCUGUGGUUGCGGGUUCAGUGGGACCAUAUGGGGCAUUUUUACAUGAUGGAUCUGAGUAUACAGGGGCCUAUGAGGACAAGAUGACAAUGGAGGAGCUGAAAGACUGGCAUCGUCCACAGAUCCAGUGCUUAGUAAAAGCCGGCGCUGAUCUUGUUGCCAUGGAGACCAUUCCAGGUCUCAAAGAGGCGGAGGCUUUGGUGGAAGUACUCAGAGAAUUUCCAGAAGCUAAAGCCUGGCUUUCCUUUUCUUGUAAGGACAUUCAUAAUAUUUCAAGCGGGAGGAGAUUUUCUGAGGCGGUUCAGGUGGCUUGUAGGUCCUCACAGCUGGUUGCAGUGGGGGUGAACUGCUGUCCCGCUCCGAUAGUGAAACCGCUUCUAGAGUCAGCCAAGUCACACAAGAAAGCAGAUUUGCGCUGGGUGGUCUACCCUAAUAGUGGAGAAGGAUGGGACCCCAAGACAGGAUGGAAAACCGAGAAAAGGACGUCAUUUGCCAAACUAAGUCUCGACUGGAAAGAACAAGGGGCUUUGUGGAUUGGUGGCUGCUGCCGUGUUGGUCCUGCUGAUAUAACUGAGCUGAAACAACAACUACAUGCCUAGCCGUGACUCAUGAAUCAACAUGACAUCAUUUAGGUUAUUCUGAAAUAAUGCAGUGAUGUGUAAGAAGGUGUAUAAAUAUUUUAUUUA